UUUCCUGUGGCUGUGGAAGUUUCGCUCCUCUCGCCAGCACGCUCACACGUGCACGCGCACCAGGGCAGAGCAAGCAAGCGAGGUAAUCCCAGAAGGAAGGCAAGCGCACGCACGACUGGAAGGAGUCCUGGAAAAGAAGCUCGUUUAGCUGAAGCUAAGCAAAUAAAACGAGUUGUUUUUAUGGAUUCCACAUGACACAGAAGGCCCGAUCUCGUCAAGGUUUUGAGACUGGGCAAGUGAAGUGACAUGUGAAAUACAUGGAGUUUAUCUUGUGACAGCUGCUUCCCACUUGACAUCAGCAAACACAGAGGAGAGCUGUCAUCAUCCGUUCAUCACAGAGCAUCUGACUCCCUCCAUACAUGUGUCCACAAUGGCUUGGAGAAGGCUUGACAGGGAGAGCUCCUGCUGACACUUCCAAUCUACAAAUUGCGUCCUAUCCUUCUAACAACAAAGUUCUGGUCUGAUCCUGUUCCUCGGAACCGUACCUACUGUCACCAUGGCAAGUUUGGUGCUCAAUGAGACCGGGAUGGAGGACUGCGGCAUUGACGACUCCUUCAAGUACAACUUAUAUUCCGUGGUCUACAGUGUGGUCUUUGUCUUGGGCCUGAUCACCAACUGUGCUGCGCUUUUUGUCUUCUGCUUCCGCAUGAAGAUGCGCAAUGAGACGACAAUGUUUAUGACUAAUUUAGCACUGUCUGAUUUAGUAUUUGUUUUUACAUUGCCAUUUAAGGUCUUCUACAAUGUUAACCGCCACUGGCCAUUUGGAGACGGACUAUGUAAAGUUUCAGGGACAGCCUUUAUCACUAACAUCUAUGGCAGCAUGCUUUUCCUCACCUGCAUCAGCGUUGACCGCUUUUUGGCAAUAGUUUACCCAUUUCGUUCCCGCUCCAUCCGCACGCGCAGAAACGCUGCAAUGGUGUGUGCAGCUGUUUGGCUGACCAUUGUGGGAGGAGGAAUAUCAGUCACCUUCUUCUCUACCAUUAACAGCACAAAUAGAGCCACCACCUGUUUCGAAGGCUUCUCGAAGAGUACCUGGAGGACCUACCUUUCCAAAAUCACUAUCUUUAUUGAGAUUGUGGGAUUCCUCCUUCCCCUCUUGGCCAACUUGGUAUGUUCCUCGCUGGUUCUAAGAACACUUCGUCGCCCAGUGACCGUUGGCCACGGCUGUGACAGCAAGAGACGAGUCUUGAGAAUGAUUCUCGUCCAUCUCGGCAUCUUCGUCAUCUGCUUCGUCCCUUAUAACUCUAUCCUCUUCCUGUAUGCCUUGGUGAGGACCCAGGCCUUAGCAAAUUGCUCCGUGGAGCGUUUUGCACGAACUCUGUACCCGAUUACUCUAUGUCUGGCCAGUCUCAACUGCUGCUUGGACCCCGUGGUCUACUACUUCACUUCCGAGAGCUUCCAAAAGAGUUUGACAUUAGGGAGCAAAGGAUCUGGCUCCCGUCCUGAGAGUAUUCCUCGUAGCGACACUGAGGCACCGGACACGACAAACACACUCCCAAAGGACACACACACUUUGACCAGGAAUGGAAAAGACACUAAAGUAUCAGAGAGUCAGUUCUGACAAGAUGAAGAAUUGAUGACAGAGGACAAAAGGGUUUAAGAAACCAAGGAUUUCAAAAGUAAAGCAAUCAACUGUUUGGUCCUGGAACCGGUAAAUGCAUAGCUCAGCAGAUUAGGCUUGCGGUAAUUCCGAAAAUAUGGUCUGGGCUUUACCGAUUAAUCCACCACUUGGGAGCAGAAGAAUGUAUCUGUUGAUUUCAAGGUAACACUGAAAAGAAGUGACACCAAGACAACAGUGAAAGCCCUGGGAAAGCAGACUUGAAGUUUGAAUGACUCAGGCAUUAAUGCACACCUUCAUGCACUGGAUUUUCAAAUAUGAUAUUAAUGGAUUUUUCUAAACUCAAGAGUCCUUGCAUGUUAUUGUUUGAAGUUCAAGUUUGCUGUUAAAUGUGUGUUAUGACACAGUUUAGACAUGUUAUUAUAAUCCAGCCAAUCUGAUAAGAAAGAAAACGAAAAAAAUGUGUCUUGUGUUGACAU